ACUCACGGGUUCUCCUCAUUCAGCUUCUCAACAUGAACUUCAUCAGUGUGCUGUCCUGCCUCAGCCUGCUGUUGGCAGCUGCUGUCGCCCAGGCACCAAAACCAUGCGUCUCUCCACUGCAGAUGAGUGGAGGCCUCACUGUGAUGGCUGGCAACGGACUCUUCAUGUCGACAGGAACAAUUACCUAUGAUGCUUUUGGACAGAGGAUGCGGGUCAGAAACUAUGGGUUUAGUGGCAAUCAGACCUUUGGUGUGGACCAGUUGAUGCUUUUCAAUCAGAAAGUCUAUUAUGAGAUCGACUGGAGCAAAUUGUCUUGCAAGAAGAAGGCGCUCGACACCUCCUUCAUUCCCAUGCAUGUCCCCUCUGAUGCUAAACUGAUGGGUCAGGUAUUCCUGGGCUCCUCCUCCUCCUUUGGAAUGGGUGUGCUAGUCAACACCUGGUAUGGAGACCUGCCACACAACGGCACAUACACAAGUGUCUUCACUGAGAUCGGCUGCAUCCCGAUGACUUACACCAGCUACACUCCAGAGUCUGGAUGGAUCACCAUCAGUACCUUCAACUGGGUUGUGCGCAAAUCAAACCCCAUAGACUACAUCCCACCUUUCUUUUGUGCCAAGUCUAAACUGGAGGAGACAGAGACACCAGAUACCGUCUUUACUGCCUUGAAGUCUUUGGCCGUGAAGACCAAGAAAGAGGCGUAAACAUCUGGAGCCACGAUAUAGCCACCUAUUCACUCAUGUCAUGUCACACAACAGUAUUUGUAGUGUUGUAAUUGGGCAAAACUUGCACACCUCAAUGGUAUUACAGGUUAAAGGAAAUAGUAAGAUGGUAAGACAGUAAGAUCAAAUCUAGACUAUCGGAGGGAAAUCAGAGACGGUGAGAACUAAGUGAGGGAGACAUUUCAGUAACACCUAAUGUAGCCUGGUCCCUACUUUCUAUUGUAUCUCUGUCAUCCACUUCAACAAAACACCUCAUGUAGCGGUGUUUGUAUUGCUUCUCU